AUGGAUUUUGCCCCUCAUACGAGCGCAGAAGGUGGCCCACCAACAGCCGAUGAACUGCCCCCCGAGGUCAUAGCCUUAGCAUCAAGGUUCUUCGAAGCAGCCCGCAAUGGGCAGAUGGACAUCUUCGAACACGCGUUACCGCAGGGUCUCCCGGCAAAUCUGACAAACGACAAGGGAGAUAGCCUACUGAUGUUAGCAUCCUAUCAUGGCUACGAGGCACUUGCGUCGUUACUGGUUGAGCAUGGCGCAGACCCCAACAGACUGAACGAUCGAGGCCAGUCUAUCCUGGCUGGGGCAGUGUUCAAGAAUGAAGCCGAGAUCAUCAAACUCCUUCUGAGGGCUGGUGCCGAUCCAGAACUGGGUGAACCGAGUGCACUUGAUGCCACAAAAAUCUUCAGGCAAGAAGAGUACGAGGGUAUGUUUAGAGAGCAAAUGCAAAAGCUCAAAGGUGUCGGGACUGCAGCUGUGAACGGGGAUUGA